AUGACCGUUAACGCCCAUUUAUUUCUUUUCAUCUUUACUUGUGUCAGGAGUCUAUCAGAAACCGUCUCUCUACCUUCUCAAGGUAGGGGUAAGGCUGCGUACAAUCUACCCUUCCCAGAUCCCACUUUGUGGGAUUAUACUGCAUUUGUUGUUGUUGCAUUUCACAUAAUUAAGUUCACCUUGUUUUCUGGUGUUUCCAAAAUAGGUAUUAUUUCAUGGCUAUUCCUAUCAGCAAUUGCUGCUGGAAUGUACUUCAAUGUUCCAGGGGAGUACUUAUAUAUUGGAGCAGCUGUGUUUACAAUUGUGUUUUGCAUUAUUGAGAUGGACAAACCAAGUGAAGCUCACAAUUUUGAGCCUCAGAUAUAUAACAUGGAACGAGGAGCACGAGACAAGUUAAUAUCGGAUUAUAACACCAUGGAUAUUUGGGAAUUCAAUGAGAAAUAUGGUGAUAUAUGGGAUUUCACUGUUAAGAUUCAGAAGGAUGAUAUCAUGAAAAGAUAAAAGUACAAUGAAACAAAUUGUGUUUUGGAUCGUCGAUCUAGUUGUAUAAUCAAUGUAUAUAUGACAUUUCAUGUGAAUGAUAUCUUUUUUGUAAUUAGUUAUUGUUGUAAAUUAGUUUUUGGAAA